AUGGCUUUCCAACAGUAUUCCAAUCUGCUCGAGAGGUUGCAUGUGCUGGAGGAAGCAGUAGCGAACUUGGAAUCCACUGCAAGAGAAAGACGACAAUAUGUGCGCCAAGAACAGCGUGGGCACCUUUCAAUCCGCUUUCGUCUCUUCGAUGAGUAUCUGGUCACGCGUAGGCCCGAGGGCUUUCUGGACUUCAUCAGGCUCAUGCCAGGAGUCCGAAAACCUCUAUCAAAGGAUGAUAGUAUAGAACGUCUGAGGUUCCACGCUGACCCCAUCGUUGGUCGCCAUAGACUAAUGAUGUAUCUAAGAAUCGUCACACAAGGAAUAAGCUUUACGGCGUUUGCACUAGACAUGGGAUGUGGAGUGAGCACUGUUUCAGAGAUUGUCAGGGAUAUCACAGAAUCUAUCAUAACCGGAGUUUUUGGAGAGCCACGACGAGGUAUUCUCCCUACCAGAGAGUUUGGUACUGUUGGCCCAGUCCAGUACCACAUUCUCGUCAAUGGAGGAUUUGGACAAAGCUAUAGAAUGAUUAGACCAUACAGAGAAAGAGAAGCAAACACCGCAGAUCGAAGGCGUUUCAACCGGAUCUUUAGCAGGGCUCGCCGCACGAUCGAAUCAACCUUUGGAAUACUGGCUCAGCGAUUCCGAAUUCUCAUGACUCGUAUAAACAUGGAUCCUGAGCGAACUAGUCGAAUUGUCAUUUCGCUCAUGGUCAGUCCUUCUGGAAGAGCACCCCGAUGUUUGCAAGCUAUUGUGAUACUUCCCAGAUUCUGCACAACCUGCUUUCUCGAGAGAAGACAGUUUAGCGGAGGUGCAAAGGCACGAACCUGCACCGGAUGGCUAUCAUUCCUUCCAAAGACAGCAGGAGAUUCGAAGAAGAGGGGCAGAUUUGGCCAUCACAGCCAAGAACCUGAUAACCCAGUACUAUGUUGA